UAGUCGAUAUUGGUGAUACAAGCCGAAACUAAUGCAGAAUUGUAAACGAGGCUACAAACUGCCGUCGCCACCAUAUUGUUGCUGUCAUAUAGUUCAGAUUAUUUCUAGAAGUAAAAAAUUAAAUUGCCAUAUAACUUGUCUUCGACAACGGACAGAUGGAACGAAAUAUUAGGUAUCAUACAUUACAAGAAGACCAGGAAGAGGAAGAUGGCGUGAGAAUGACUGCAAACGCCAGUAACACUCCUGUGCCUAUGACUUCCCAAUCCGUACCAAUCCCUGUUGUUCCAAGUUCAACAAUGCCUUCAGUUCCACCACCCGCCUAUAAAGAAACUGAAGAAGAAGAAGAUAUUGCUACUGCCAACUCUUUUCAUCAUUAUCUUCAACAGCAACAACAACAACAACAGCAGCCACUCAGCAACAGUCAUGAUCAGAAAACUGAGCAAACGACCUUCGAUGAUGCGUGUGGAGCUGGCCUGCCACCAUCCUAUGCUGUUGCUACCGAUCUACCGUCUUACGAAGAAGCAGAAAGACUCAAACAAGAAGAAGAACUUAACGGGGGCAGGAGCUGUGGUAUAAACCAAUCUGGUCAUUUUCCCCAGUUUCGAUCUUUAACCGACGAGGAACAUUAUUUAAACGGUUCAGACGACGCCACUGACCAGUUAAACAAUGCAGAUCGACUUAACACCAGCGGAAUGAUCAUUGGAACUGAUUGGAUCUUUUUCUGUACUUUCGUGAUAUCAUUUUUGUUUAACUGGCUUGGCUUUUUAAUGUCACUGUGCAUCACUAAUACAGUGGCCGGUCGAUGUGGUGCUUUGGCUGGCCUUGGUCUUUCUAUGGUUAAAUGGGUCGCCAUCGUCAAACACAGUGGCUUCGCUGGUGAUUUCGCUGCCAGUGAAUCUUGGUUCUGGUGGAUCUUGAUGCUAUGCGGAUUCCUGCUUUUUGUUCGUGGAUGUAUGCAAUAUGUCAAUGUGAAAUACGAAUGGAAAAGGAUUACAGGUCGUCUGCAUCACAUAACUCUCUAUUGAGUUUAUUAUCGUUUGUCUUUCAAAAAUUAACACAAAUCAAGAUUCCCCUCUUUUCUAUCUCUCUCUCCUAAUUUUUGCCACAAAACCUUUCUUUAUUUGUCCUCCUCCACAUCCACAUACCUACACAAGAGCCUUUUAUGUUUACAUCUUAUUGCUUCGUCAUUUGGCAUCUAUUGUUAUUGUUAUUAUUAUUAUGGUGUCAAGCGCCGCAGAGCAAAAGGUAAGCUCCUGGCGAGUCGGGAUUACGAUCCGAUUUUGAUUCUCAGUUUAUGCUAGUUUACAUCAAUUACACCGCCGAUACUUUUGGGAAAGGCAUAAACGCCACAACUUUUACCCCACUCACCCCGUCUCUCUAAAAUACAGAGCUUUUGUUCAUAAGACAUCGUUAUAUAAGUAACUUUGUUUUUUAUUAUCAUUUUAAAGCUAUCUUCAUCAGAAAUAAAUAUAUUUGUUUAAAAAACUGUAAUUAUAUUCGAUAUUUCCCUAAAAGAUUCAUUUAUUUGGGAGGAACCUAUCAUUGUGUUAUGUGUGUGUGAUGUAUAUUUAUAUAUAUAUUUACAUACAUGUAUGUGGCUGUGAGCUACUUGAAUAUAAUACUACAGCUUUAACAAUAUUCCUGUACAGAUGUACCGAGGGAUGCCUUAUCUAUGUUAUUAAGAAUAGUUUAGGGCCGACGUUCUAAUCAAGUGUGAGUAGGUGUUCCAAAUAACCAUUGCGUGACCAUUCUUGUUGCUACACAAAUUAGAUUUUUUUAUGUGUAUGUAUGUAUAUAAAUAUAUAUGUCCAAUACUAUUCACGACUACUUAAAAUUGAUAUAUUUUUUUUCUUUUCAUCAUAAUUACAAUUAUAUUAAUAAUCAUUAUUAUUAGUAACGAUAAUAAUAAUCAAACAAACCCUUUUCCCUUGCCCCCCUCUUACCUUAAAAUAUUUUGUGGCCUUGUGCCUAGGUAAAAAUUUAAAUAAUAAUAAUGACAAUAAUAUGUCGUAUAUAUAUAAAUAAACAUAAUAAUACUCUAAUCCUAAAAAGAAAGCCUCUUACAUAUUUCGAUAUUUUUUGUGGUCAAUGGUGUAAAAAUGUUUAUUGCUACUUAUAUAUUUACAUAUUACAAUGUGAAUCCUAAUCGAAAUUACAUUCUUUUAAGUUAAAAUUUUGUUAUUGUUGUUGAAACUAAAAAUUUACACAAUACAACUUUGUCUUGCUGGUUUAUAUUUGCUGACAUUUUAACCUAUAUAUGUGCGUGUUUUUUGUAUAUGUUUAAUGUAUAUAUGGGGAGUGGGGUACAAUGAGAUGUUUUUACUGCAUUUUUGAUUUUGAGAAGAAAUAUAUUUUUUUACAAAUGUUCGCUACCUUACAAAAGCGAUUUCAGCUAAGCAAAGACCUUCUCUAAAUCCAUUAAAAACACUAUAACAUAUUUGGAACACUAUUCCAGAAAAUUGUCACUGUUCUGUUUGAGCAUAUAAAAGCCAAAUUUACAUGGAGCAAAAUGAGUAAGCUAAGACAAGGUAAAUUUGUCUCUUCAAUUCUCCAGAAUUACAUUUAAAAACAGACUUAUACACAUCAAUAUCCAAACUAGAAUAUCAGAAAGAUCAGAAAUGCCACAAAAAUUUUUAAUAUCUGGCUCAAAUGAAAGAUUAUGGAAAAAUAGAUUAUAAUAUGAAAUUAACCAACUCACCUACAUAAAAAAAAAUGAACAUAAAAUAUUCUCUAUAGCUUCAUAAUCUGCUAGAGUUGCUUUCCUCUCAGUAUAUUUAUGUGCCAUAAAGAGGAGAAAUUAUUGAAAUUAGUCAUUACUCGUUUUACCCCACUUUAGUUUUUUUUUUUUCUUUCUUUCUUUUUAAUUAUCAAAUAAGACAUUAGUGUUAGAAAAAUUGUCUUGGAAUCCAACAGAGAAAAGAAUAUUGGAUGUUAAAGACCAAAAAUUAUCCAGAUAUUUUUAUUGGCAGCCUCAAUUACAAUCAAGUCAAAGUUGACGAAAAAUUUCUUGAAA